UGAUGGGCCACUAGAUACACUGAACACAGAAUGGCUUGACGGCCCUGGUACAUCUCCUUUCUCUGCCGUUUAUAUCACGUUUUAUAUACGAGUUUCCGCCGUCGCUGUAUAGAUUCUUCUUCAGUAAAUGUUGGAGACAGGAAAAAUAAGCCAAACCACAACUAGUGCAACUGUCUCCCCUCAUAUUUCGAAAGGUUUGCCAACGGCUCUGCGACGCUGUGUUGUUUGCAGGAAACCAACUGCACCUUUUAUCCGGUAACUUCAUCUGGUUCCGCUAAUGUAUAGAGUUACCUGUACACGUUGAAACUCACAUCUUACAGUAGGUGGUUUUAAGUUAUAACAAAUUACUUAAAAGUGGGUGCAAGUGAUGUUUUAACGCCAACAGUGAAGGUGCAAUUACUUAACACUUGCAACAUGGCUGCUGCGGGAACGAGAAAAGUUUGACACUGACGUGAGACAAGUUUUUUGCACGGAUGCUAGUUGGUACACGAGUUGUUUGCCACAUAAUAAAGUCGUCAGCAGUCUCCCCCAGACUGGCACAGCUUUCCCCGGACUCACAAUCCAGUGGAUGAACCGUGUGAGAGCCCCCUCCUCCUCUGUAGUCGCCGCCGACAGUCACUGCAGUGGACUUUGUGGGUAAACUGUGGUGUCUUCUCCAUCGUUAACUGCGGUGGUGGUGGCGUUAAAGGACGUUUCGUCGGGCAGCAGGCUGUGUUUCGAGCUUAAAAUGCAUUUUUCCAUACCCGAAACGGAGGUUCGUUCGGGAGAAAAUGGAUCAACCUAUGUGGCCUACAAUAUCCACGUCAAUGGUGUGCUACACUGUCGGGUACGCUACAGUCAACUUCUUGGCCUCCAUGAACAGAUAAAGAAAGAAUAUGGAAGCAACGUGGUGCCUGCAUUCCCUCCAAAGAAGAUCUUCACACUGACUCCUGCUGAGGUUGAACAAAGACGUGAACAGCUGGAGAAAUACAUGCAGGCUGUGCGUCAGGAUCCCUUGCUUGGAGCCAGUGAGAUGUUCAACAGUUUCUUAAGGAAAGCACAGCAGGAGACGCAGCAGAUUCCCACAGAAGAAGUCGCUCUAGACAUCUGCCUCUCGAACGGUCAGAAGGUUACAGUCAACAUUCUGACCUCAGAUCAGACGGAGGAUGUCCUUGAUGCUGUUGCAACGAAGCUUGACCUUCCCGACGAACUUGUUGGCUACUUCAGUCUCUUCCUCGUCCGUGAGGGUGUGGAUGGAGGUUUAACAUUUGUGCGGAAGCUGCAGGAGUUUGAGCUGCCUUAUGUAUCCAUUACCAGCUUGCGGAGCUCUGAAUUUCACAUACUCCUACGGAAAAGCUACUGGGAUGUUGCAUACGAUAAUGAUGUCAUGGACAACAGAGUUGGUCUGAAUUUGCUAUAUGCCCAGACAGUGUCUGACAUUGAGCGAGGCUGGAUACUCGUCAACAAAGACCAGCACAGGCAGCUCAAAUCACUGCAGGAGAAAGGCUCCAAGAAAGAAUUUAUCCAUCUAGGUCAGACUCUUAAAUAUUACGGCUAUAUCAAGUUUGACCCUUGUAUCACCGACUUCCCCGAGAAGGGCUGCCAAGUCAUCGUCAGUGCCGGCAACAACGAGCUCAACUUCCACGUCAAGCUGCCCAACGAACAGAUGAAGGAGGGAAGCUUCAAGGUCACGCGCAUGAGGUGUUGGCGAGUCACGUCUUCUCAAGUCCCGAUAGCCAAUGGCACCACCAAUCCCUGCAGCUCGUCCAAAUGCGAGGUCAAACUGGAGCUGGCCUUCGAGUAUUUGAUGAGCAAAGACCGCCUCCAGUGGGUCACCAUCACCAGUCAACAGGCUAUCAUGAUGAGUAUCUGCCUUCAGUCUAUGGUGGACGAAUUGAUGGUGAAGAAGUCAGGCGGCAGCAUAAAAAAGAUGCUGAGGAAACGUCACAACGGCUCCAUCCUGCGGUCAGACAGUCAGCAAGCUGUGAAAUCUCCCCCUCUACUGGACUCCCCAGACCCGAACCGUGAACAAAUCAUCAAACUCUCAACCAAGCUGAGCUCGGUGUCCCUGCGAGGGAUCAGCGCCUCCAACUCAGCAAAUGAUAUCAGCGGCAACGAUUUCCAUGGCAACUAUGCUUUCGAGGGAAUCGGGGAUGAUGACCUGUAACCAGCCGAUUCACCCUCCUCCCCUCUUCAUUCUACUGUCAGCGACUGGGAUGACAAAGAUGCCGAGCCAAGCCAAGCGGACCGCAGACAGGUGUCCGACUCUGCGAGAUUGUAGCUUGUUCCUGGAGAAAUCGCUGCCUUAAGCUCUCGUUUAAUCUUUGACACAGCCCUUUCUUUUUGACUCUCAAAAGCUCAUCUUGAUUUGUAUUUUAGUUCCAAACAUCAUAUUCGAUUGAAACAUUAUCCCUAUGUUAUUAUACUUGUGGCAACGUACAGUAAAUAGCAUGUCAGGCUACAAGUAGUCAAAUAGGGAGGCUUUCUAUAUACUUUCACAAAUUCCUACUUCAGUUUCAUUCACAUGGAUCUGUUUGACUGGCAGUAUAUGUGAAGUUAUAAUGCAGUUAAAUUCAUGAGGUACAAAGUAAAUUAAUAUAUUAUAAACUACAUGAAGAAAACCUGCUAGAUCCUGGAUUCUUCCCUCGGUGGCUGCAUGUUCCUUUCUAACCAGAGAGCCAAAUGUUCUGUUAGACCUGGCACUAGUGAUAAUACAGCAGAACUGGAUGUGGAUAGUUCUCAAAAUGAGUCCAGUGAAUGUGUUGAAAUUGAUCUCUAAACUGUAGACUAUUCAGAACAACUGCUUACCUAUGUGGAUGAUCAAUGUUUGGCUUGGCUAUAAACCAAAAUGUCAUGUUUUAUACUGUUAGUGGUCCUCUGUGUGUCAUCCCACUCAUGUGCCAAGUCAGUAAAUAUCUUAACAAGAUACCAGUGGUGUUUUCAGCAUACGUUUGAGGCACUCAUACUGUCUUCAGAAAUAGUCUGAUGCCUUAACUUUUACUUUUCUUGUUUUCUUGCCUCGUUACCUUGUCAUUCAACAUAACAUUGGUGGAAACUUAAACUCCUUGCCGAACUUGACAGAUGGUUGAUUUGGCCGAGCUGCUUGCACUUGCUGAACCCAUCAUUUUGCACAGUUUCACAGGUGGAGAUGUUUGAGCGGAAGCUUGAGCAUGACUUUAAACAUUGUGUGGAGAUUGAAGGGGCUCUGGAAAUCCAUCUUUGAUUUUUUUUUUUUUUUUAAACCAAUUUUUGAAAGGUUUCUCAUAAAUGCCAAAUUAUAGUUUACUAAAGCAUUUUGCACAAAAUAAACACAAAAAUUAUGACAAUGUCACUUUUUAUAUUAUGUACAUGCAAUUAAGUAUUCUGAACAUUUACUAAUAUCUUUAUCAUUAAUAGCUUAUUGUAAUCAAAUAGAUCAAAUGUAAUCUAAAAUGUAUAGAACAAAGUUUAAAUGGACUAACAUUUAUCAUUGUUUACAUCAUGUUUAGGGGACUUUUUUGUGUUUACAAAUUUUGCAUCCGAUUGUCUUUGUCUCAUUCUUUUUGGCCGAGUGAUGGCGUCGUCGGGAGCAUUCUUCUGGGCUUCAGUUCAUUUUUAAUUUGUAUGUACAUUGUGCCUAUCAUCUCAGAGGAUUUAGUUGAAAGGGUGUUUUGGUGAAGUGGCUAAUGUGAUCACAAUUGCUGGAGUGAACACAGUUCACGGAGAGCAGGCAACAAAAUGAACAUAUCCCGCUGUUUUAUAAGAAGUCAUUCCAUUUUUAUUGCUGUUUGAGUCUUUUAAGCUGUAUCUCAGCAUGUUUUGAAGCCUCCUAUAUGUAAAUCGAUGCAAACCUGUCAACAGCUUUACUCUCACUGGUAGCCAGAACUGUACACUGCUUCUUCUGUCUUUAGUUGCAUUUACAGAAAGAGGGACGUCAUCGACACCGCCAUUCAUUUUCUGUAUUCCUUGUCGAUGCGAAGUACGUGGAAGCUGCAAGGUCCUGGACGUUAGUAGAUGUUUAGGUGCCAAAUUCCAUUAAAGUGCAUUCAUCAUCAGCAUCAUUUUUACAGGAAAUGUCAAAUUUCAUGAAGAUUAUAUGGACUUGAUUCAUUCUACAACUUUUCAUCUAGAUUUUAGGUCAGUGACAACUGUCAUGUUUAAAUAAACAAAAAUUAGCUGAU